AUGGCGCACCAUACUGCGGUGCGAGAACUAUACGGCCUCCCUCGCUCCUCCCAAGAAGGGGCGACACUCGCGGAAGUGGGCAACUGGCCGCCAUCGCUUCGUGCACGAAAGCAGGCGCUCCACCACAUUGAGCGCCUGCAGCGCUCACCACAGGGCCAGCGGCUCGUCUGCAGACUCCACUCCCUGCCGAACUCGGGAAUGGGCAAGUGCGCCACCGAGUUCUCACAGCUCAUCGGGUCGUCGCCACAGUUCGCCUCCCUGCCGUACUACUCCAGUCUGCUCGACGUGAACAUCGCGGUGCCUGGCGUCGCAUCAAAGCGCCGAACUGCGGUGUGCGCCAUGAGACAGGAGACCGCCUCCCUACUGCACGAGCGACUGGCAGGACGACUGCUCGUCUACACCGAUGGCUCGGUGACGCCGGACGGGUCUGGUGCUGCGGCUUGCACGGCACCGGACAUCUCGGAAACGCGCCAGUGCCGACUGCGCUUUGCCGCGUCAUCGACAGUGGCCGAACUCGCCGCCAUCGAUCUCGCUGCCGACAUCCUUUUGGAACAUCCGAACAUUGUGUCAGCGGCCAUUCUCACUGACUCUCGUGCGGCGAUUUGCAUGCUGGCCAGGGACUACGCCGGAGUGCCCCUUGUUGUUCGAGUUGGGUGCAAGCUGCGACACAUCGUGAAUCAAGGCUGCGACCUGGCGCUUCAAUGGAUACCCGCACACAUCGGAUUGCCAGGCAACGAGGAGGCUGACUCCCUCGCCAAGGCGGCGCACGGUGAGCGCUUUCCCCUCACCCACUUGGCGAGCUUCGACGCGGCCAAGACAGCGGUUCUGCGGAGCCUCACUGCGCAACACCCUGAUCGGCACGUCGCGGCGGGAACGCCCCCGCGCCUGCUCCCGCGUGUGGGCCUCUCUCGGGCUGACUGCGCCUUCCUUCUCCGCUUGCGCAUCGGCUGCUACAAAACAGCGGCGCGCACACACAGGCUCACGGGAACAGGCAGCCCCGUGUGUGGUAGCUGCGACAGCGUGGAGACACUGGAGCAUAUUCUACGUCACUGCCCGGCCUUCGGGACCGAGAGGGAGGCUCUGUACACCUCCUACCGCCGAUGUGGCUUGCCAUCCACCACCCUGCAGUGCCUACUCUUCCCCAAUGCUCACAGCUCCAUUACCAAGCGUGCAUUUUCGGCAUUGAUGGAAUUCUGUGAAGCAACACACCUCAGAGCGCGGCUGUAGGCCCCGCAAACGCUUCGCUACAUUGUCGUUUUUUUUUUUUGCUCUUCCGGUCUCUCUCUCCUUUUUACUUCCGGUCACUAUCUCCAUCUUUUUCUCCCCAUACCCCUUCCCCGUGCAGUGCUGUUGAGGUGUCCUCCUGUGAGAGACAGUUACGGCACUGCACUUAUCUCUUCGAUUUCUCUUUAAAAAUCACUUCACACACACACACACUGCAUGAAGCCUGCCAUUGUUUUAUAUUAACGCACCGACAACAAAGCGGGGGCAGUUAACGUGGUUCUACUUGCCUUAUAUUACUAAAAAUGAUAAUGAAAAUCUUUUAGAAGCUCAAAUACAACAACUGCAACCUUCACCAGGCGUUCAUGCCGAGAACCUUCCCUUCCAGCGA